UUUUUUUGUGACAUUGAUUUAUUUUUCGUUCUUUUUUCUCUAUAGGAAGGUAAAGCAUAUGUAAAACGAACUGCAAAGAAAACAGCUGGACGAAAACGUACUACUGGUGGACGAGCUAAGAAAUCGACAAAAAAAUAA